UUACCUCACCCGUCCUUUUACGCCAGAGCAUUUAAUAAGUAAUACGCAAAUGGUAUGGGCAACUAUACGCCAUCGUUAUCAUAUAAUAUCUUAACUUCUAUACCUCUAUUUUCUAAAUUUCCCUUAGUAUUUUAUAACCAUACUCGCCCUUAGCCUAAUCAUAUACACUCACACCUCUAUCUCUUUCGACAUUGCCGCCAAAGCUCUAUAUUAACAAAGCUAAACGGUUUAUUCACAAAUAUAAUAAUCCGAAGGACACUAUGGCGAAUUCCCUAGCGCAAUUGGGAGUCCAGUACAUGCCGUCGACCGGGGGCUGUAUGCUAGACUUGGCCGCCAUACCCUCCCACCUAUUCAACUCUUGCAGCGCUGUUCACAUCCGCAUUCCAGAAGCUCAGCACCACGUCGAAGUUAACUCGGAUAUGAUCUGCAUUAAGCCCAGCCAGCCGGCUCCGGGUCCGGGUGCUGCUAUCUAUCGUGAGCAGUACAUGUAUCCAAACGUGGUGGUACCAACAGAUCUUCCUCAUGCAUCGCCGAAGAACCACAAGCAACAGCCACCUUCAUUCAAUGCCCCAGAAACUCCUAUACACCACCCUGUACCAGAGCCAGACGAUAUUAAGCCCGCUAACCCUGAUACACCAAAUGAUUCUCAAAAGGACUCGGCGCCGAGUUUACGGACGUUUGCAAAGACGACACAUAGGUCUACUAUAACUAAUACGCAUACCGCUUCGCUAUCUCCUCAGGUUACGCAUGUCUUACAAUCACCGACUGUAACAACUACUUCAUGCACUACCCACCUCCACACCCCCGGGCCUUCCACAACAGCACCUGUAGUCCACGCCCCUAUGCCAUCGACACUAACCACACGGACCAUACUCCCAUCACCACCACCACCACCAUCACCAUCUCAAGACUCCCCCACACCCAGCUCCCAACCAGCCCGCCCCGCCGUCGUACCCCCACCAUUCCCCCUUCCGGAACCAGAACCACAACCGGAAGCGGGCCCGGACCCAACCCCGAUUCCGGAUCCGGAACUCGGCAGUGCCCCUCCUAACCCGGGGUACUGCGGCGAGACGUACUUCAAAAUGGAAUUCUCACACAUCGAAACCCUCGACCCGCACGACCUCGACACAUACCUCAACCUCCUCGGCGUCGGCGAUCUCGGCCUAGACCCCGGCCUAGACCUCGAGCACGGAAUCUCAGGAUUCGUAUCGUCGCUGCUCAGCGGCGCGGUGGACGACGACUCGACGCGCGGGGUCUGGCGGGAGCUGGAGCGGUCGUAUCGCGUGAGAUGCGGGGUUUCGGUGCAGGAGCUGUGGAGCAGCAGCAGCAGGGAUGCGGAGGGCCAGGUGGAGUUUAUACGGUCGAUGGGCUCGCAGAUGGAGUGCUUGCAGGAGUGCGAGAAGAGCGCUAUCGGAGCCGCGGCGCGGGACGGGGAUGUUAAGGAGUGUCUGGGCGCGGCGUGGAGUUGGGGGCUGGAGAGGGAUAAUUGUCGGUUUUGGACGGGGGGGAGGGAUGAGUUUUUGCCGGUGGAGAGGUUGAAGGGCGGAGAGAGGGGGGAGUGGGAUCUGGUGUAUUUGUGAGGCGGG